CUUUUUUUUUUUUUGGGGGGGGGGGCUUAUUCCGGAAUUUUACAAAUGCCAACAUGGCUGACAGGGGACAGAGUUGGCCAACUCAGCAGGAUGAGUCUGCUAUCAUUGAUCUGGGUGAUGUAAAUGACCGGGAUGAUGGGUCUGAUUAUGAAACAGAUAUGUCCAGAGGACCAACAGAUGGUUCAGGCAAAGGUUCACUAGAAGAAGAUGUUAGGAAGAGAUUAACAGACAAUGUCACUCAGAUGGUAUGGAAUGCAGGGACACAGCAAGCUAAGCGUGCCUGGAGUUUGUAUGGAAACAUAGAUAUACUGCGACCUUACUUCAAUGUUGAACCCCAUGAAGUUCGAACAAGACUCCUGCAGUCUUUUUUGCCAAGAAUGCCAUCAUCAGAAAAACAGAGAGCCUAUAGGGAACUGUAUGGACCUUUAAUGGUCGUUUUUACACUCAUUGCACUGUUACUGUUUCAAAUGAAAGCUGCAGAACACAAAGUUGAGGAAGGUACACUGAUGGGAACAGCCUUUGGGGUAUGCUUCACUUACUGGUGGGGAACGGCGGCUCUUAUGUGGUUCCUGUCAUACGUCUGCAAUGCACACAUCACAAGCAUCCAGCUGUUAUCAUUGCUGGGUUACGGACUCGCUGGUCACUGUGUGGUUAUUCUGCUUGGGACAUUGAUUCACACGUCACAUGACCAUCUCUUUUUCUACCUGUUGUGGGCUGUAUUUGGUGGACUGUCCACAUUAAAAAUGGUGGGAGUGAUUUUGUCAAGGACUCAUGGGAAAUCUCAGCGGCUGAUUCUGUCGUGUACAAUAGCCGCCAUUCAUCUCUUAUUUCUACUGUAUCUACAUUUCGCAUAUCAUCAGAUUGUUGAAGAUCUCUCAAGAGUCUUGGAUUCUGAUCCUGUUGUUAAGCAGCCAGAGCUUGUGAAGACUGUUUCAAAGGACGUAACAAACUCAAAACUUGUACAUGAAGGGUCGAAAAUGGCCAGCAAAACCUUAAAGAAAAUUCCCAAAUUGGUUACCAAGGCAGUUGUUGCUAUUGCAGACAGGGCUAACAAAACACACUGACACUCAAAUAUGGGCAGACUCCCGAGACCUUAAUUAAUCAAGAAGACAAUCCUGCCAUAUUACAACAUCUCUGUGCAAACAUGACUAUUGGGUCGGUUAAUGAACUCCUACUGUGAUGGUAUCAUGCAAUGAGGAGCUGAGUCAAAUGUAUUAUUGAAUCACUUUAAAAUGUAUAUAUAAUUGUACAUACUGUUAACUUUGUAUUAUAUGUUUAAAACUAUGUUUUUAUUAAAUUAUUAAAGUUGGUAUGUAACCAAAUACAUGUACGUCUACAACAU